AUGAGAGGCCGGGCAUGAAGUGCAACCCCGUCCAAUGAUUAUGGGGGAGAGGUGAUAAUGACUUCCUAUCAAGAGUUAACGGCCGAAGGGAAGAGUAGCCCUCUGUUCACGGGCUGCUGCCGAGCAAAAGAGGUCAUAAACCGGGACCUGAACGGCAGGACUCUCCCUGAACUCGACAGUCAUGAUGUGGAGGGGAACCUGGAGGUGGAAGUAGCCUCAGGAUUUAAUACUCCGCAUCCCCGGUACUUAACUCUCUCCAACAGUUUGACUCUGUGCACCUCUUUGGACAGCCCUCCUCCUCCUCCUCCUCCUCCUCCUCCUCCUCCUCCUCCUCCUCCUCCUCCUCCUCCUCCUCCUCCUCCUCCUCCACCACCGUGUGAGGCUCUCGAGGGCUUCUCGACACCGGCCUGCCCCCACUCGUCCCGUGUCCCCUGGCGGUGCAGGGCGCAGGGGCAGGGCUCUGCAGGACGCGGAUCAUACUGCGCGUCAAAUAACAACGAAACGCCACAAUCCGGCUUUGGGUCACUUACUGAGACAAUUCAAAGCUGCUCCCGUAAUGGCCCCGAGAUUCACGUCGCUAUGGGGAGAUCAGCUGGCUCGGACUGUAACGUAGCUCAUAUGGAUGUAAGCGGUAAAACUUUUGAGUGGAUGAGAGUGAAGAGGAGUCAGCACCGAGCGGUCAGGAUGCACAUGACCCGUGGGUUCAGUAUUGGCUCGUGCCUCGGUGCUGUUGAGGCUGGAAGCAGCAGCAUGUGCACGGAUGGCCAGCCCACGGUGAACGGGGCCCCGAGGACCAGCUUCAGCACCAAGCAGCUGACCGAGCUGGAGAAGGAGUUCCACUUCAACAAGUACCUGAGUCGGGCCAGGCGGGUGGAGGUGGCCGGCGCCCUGCAGCUCAGCGAGACGCAGGUGAAAGUUUGGUUUCAGAACAGACGCAUGAAGCAGAAGAAAUUACAGAGAGACGGGUUGCUCUCCGACCCGGGGCCAGCGGCUGCGCAUUCAAACGCCGACUUGUUGGACACCUGCCCCUCUCCUGGACCGACCCCGCCAAAACACCUGCCCCUGAACUCCUGAACCGCAGGAGCUGCACAGCGCGUCACACAUGCACGGGCGCCUGCCUGCAGAUGUUUUGAUUCCAGUUUGCAUCAGUUUCAAUCAGGCUUCACCUUUAUUUGCUUACCACGAUGGAUGCUUAUCGCAAGAAGCGCAAUGCCAAGUUUCUUCAUGCAAGAACGGGUCAAAACAAUUUGUCUUCCUCCCCCGGCUUCAGUCUGGCGCUCUGAUUUGAAUAUUAAAAUUCGAGUCAUUGCAUCCUCUCUAGACAAUGUAAACAAGGAAACAAAAUUAUAUUAAUUGCCCAUAGAAACUGUGGCAGACUAUUUGUUUAUUUAUUUUGGACAAUUUGUCCAGGAACUGAAUUUACGUAUAUAGGCUAUAUAUGAUCAACAACACGUUGCUCCUAGUUUUGUUUAAAAUGUAUAUUAUUUUUAUUUAUUUAAGGUCUUCAUUUGAUCAUGUUUUUUUCAGUUUCCUAAGACAGGAACUAUAUAUUAAGUCAGUUGUAGGCUACUAUUUAUUUCACCAGAUCGCACACUGCUUUCUCAAUCAAUUUAAGUUGCAGCUUAAUGGAGCUUUCUUUUUCCAUUGCUUUGAAAUUCGUUUGUCUCUGACACAUUUGAGGAAAAAGUCAGAUGCACCUGUUGUAGAAAAAUCACAUCCUCAACAUGUUAGACAAUAAUUAUCAUUCUAAUUUAAAAGAGCUUUAAUGUUGUGUAUUUUGACAGGUUUUAAGGUUUUCCUCCACGGAAAGAUUAAAACCAUAAUUGACUGAUAGAUUUAUUGAUCGCUCGUAUUCGAACUAUUGAUCCGUGGUGGUGAUCCAUCUAUUCGAGGCACAAACAUGCGAGCAUUUGCAUGCAUCUGUAACUGCAUGUUAAUGGGAUGUAGAAACAUCACGAUCGGGAGUUGUUGCGUCUUUUAUUACCUCUAUAUACAUGCAUCAGAAAAUGAUAAUUUAGCCUGAACACUCAUGCGGGAGAGCAGACAAUAAAACGCUGUCUGUGCUGUUUUGCAGAUCAACCAAUAAAUUGUGUUGCCCCAGCAGCUCGGGCUGCUAAAUAUUCCUUCCGGAUUCACAUCUCAUCUCAUAUAAAGUAAAUGAUUGUAAACUCGGCCCUUAAACACUGUUAUGUUCCCGGAUCGCAAUGCGUUUCUGUCAUGUUAAUGUCUAUUCAAAUAUCAAGAUAUGAGGCCAUCAGCCACAUUAAUUCUAUAUGUGGGAAUAUUUUUUGUUUAGCUUUCAAUUAGCGGUGUUGCUCGGGAUAUGAACGUUAGUAGAUCCACCGCGGAUGUUAAUGACAACAAAGGAAUUAAACCGUAAACCAGUUGGGUGUCGCUUAGAAAUAAGUAGGGAGAAACAAAAUGAAUAAAUUAGGUCCGUUUCAACCCCCUUUUUACGCGUCCUCAUUAAAAUUUGGCGUGUAAAAAAUACUAAUAAGAUAAUUAUUAGACAGUUGCUCCUCUGCAAUGCGCAGGAGUAGACACGAAGCUAAAAUAUGCAGUUACACCGGAGUUCACCUCUCACCUAUUGACCUUUGUCUUGCCUCGGGAUAACGAUGACCCGGUCAGCGGCUCGGAGAGAGAAAGAUGCACCAUUCAUUUGGAUGACCUCGAAGUCUGAGAUUACUUUUUUCUUUAUAUAUGUUUCUCUUUCCCCCCCCCCCCCAAAAAAAACUCGGAACGCUUUUGUUCUGGGUGUCUGUGUCUACACACGAUAUUUCAUCCAGCUGAAUAGAGGGGCGACUGGGCCAUGAUAAUUGUUCAUAUUAUAAUUUCAUACGUCCACAUAAUGCAUUAUUUCUACACCUAGAGCUAACCUAAUUUUUGCCCAAUCUCUUAUUUUAAUAAGCCAAAAAAUAUGCUCUUGGCUCACUUUAUGAACUGGAAGAAAGAGUCUUUUCACCCAAUAUGUUUUUGGAUAUAAACUACAGACCUAUUGUUAAUAACAAAGUUGACAAAUUAAAGUUACUUGAGCAUGCUGAAUACCUAAUAUGAUUCCAUGUCUCAGCCACUAUAAACACGAUUUAGAACAACUAUUCAUAACACCCUCGCUGGUUAUAUAUUUCAUGCAUAUCCGCUUAAAUAAUUUCUGAUGAAUUUAGACAUUAAUCCUCUACAAACAAUAUAGCUUAUAAUGUUCUUCUCAUUAAUAGUAACUGAAAGGUAGAAAGGAAUACACUUAAAGGUCUGCAGAGGAUAUUUUGACAGUGCAAACAUUUUUUGCAAGUUUUAUUUGUAAUUGAUAUGAAUGAUUUUACAUGCAAGCCAGACGAAUAAUGUAAGCCCAAUAUAUUUAGUAUUUGCAUAUAAACAAAAUACACACCAUUAAGGUCGCUUUACUAUAAACAAAAUAGCACAAAGUGGAAUGUUUAACAAAACCAUCAAAUGUGUCCUUUUUUAAUGCAAAUGAGUGUGCACUUGUGAAGGUUAGUAUGAUGACAAGGAUGAUGAAACAAUGUGAGGAAAAGUUUGUAGUAAUGGUCCCUCAUGUUCCCUUCCUACUGAGAAGUAUGUUUGGUUGACCUUAUUGUAAACUCUUUAAUCAUCUGGUGCAAAUAUGUUACCUUGCCACAGGGCUUCAAGUUACAGGUUUUAAUGUGUAGAGGAUGCUUGCAGCAGGUGUGCAGUCAGACUUGAAAAAAAAUCUUACCUUACUUAAUCAGAGACUCUACUGUAUAAUAGAUUCACUUAGAAAUACACAUUCAUUUAAAAUAGUGGAGAAAAUGUGUGGAGGGAAAGAAAACGUAAUCUGAGUUAUAGGGUUGAGGUGAAGGUGAAAAGAAGAGCUGAUUUAUUUUGCGUGAACUAUCACUUUAAUUUCAUUCCAUGGCAGCUUCAGCAUUUGCCUCUCAAUUGAUGAAAGGCGAACCGCAUUGUUUGUUCAGACCUGACAUUUAGUUCGAAAGCAUUUGAGUGUGACUCUACUCUGAUGAAUUUGUGCUCUUCUGUAAUUUCUUCCUGAAGAUGUAUGGUUUGUUCACGAGACUGACAGCUGUGCUUUGCUUAUACGGGGCCAAACACAUGGUAAAUGGAAGGAAAAUAAAACCAAAAUAACUCAGCUGUAAAUGUAUUACUGCCACAGGUAGAAACAAUGGUGACAUUGAACAAGUUGAACACAUUUCUUUCCCCUUUUAUUUUUUUCCUUCCUGCAGAAAUAAUGUCUUGUAUGAAAUUCCUUACAAAAUGUACUUUAUUAAACUCCUUUAAUUAAUCCAUAAGGAAUAUUUUUAUAAUGAAAUACAAUAGCUCAACAUUAUUUAUAACAGUGAAGUUACCUGUUAAUUUGUCUUCUUCUGGUAAAACACUCUAAUUGAGAUAUUAAAUUAAAUCAUGGGAUGGUUCAUCAUGAGAAGAAUAUUGACCAUAUUCGGUAUUGUCUUCUAUUUCAAAGGCAGCUUUUUCAAAUCUCCUGAGGAGUGCAUGGCAUGAGGAAUGAGAGAACAUAUACGGUUUAGAGAAUAUCUUAAACACUUUUUUCAAUUAACACAUAUGCUGUGGGUUCCUUCUUAACUCAUUGUAAUUAAUGCUAAGUUGACCUAAAAUUAACUUAAUGCAUAAUAUGCAUGUCAUAUCCUCACCAGUGCUCAGGGGAAUACAAUCAAUGUAUCAAGUUAAGCUCUUUCUCACUCUAUGUGAAGCACUUAUAGAUAGUUCAGUUGUUGUUGUAAUUACAGACCAUUUGAAUGUUCACCUCCCUUUUUAGUUUUUUCUGCUCGUCUGAUUUGACUGUUUUUAUUUAUUUGCAAAGACUUUCAUGCACUAUUAGUCUUUUUGAUCGAGCUCAUUCACAUAUUUGACUACCAAACAAUUUGUGCAUCAAGAAAGUUGAAAUGAAGUGCACCUGUUUCUAUGUGAGUGUGUGUGUCACUGUGUGUGUGUGCCAAUGCAUAUUUGGGUGCCCUGCGUGUACAAUUACUCAAAUAUGUGUUUUGUUUCCGAGGUGCUACUAAUAAAGCGUUAAAAAAAAUACAAAGCAGCUAUUUUAAAUAAUUGUUCACUCUCACGUGCAUUCAUGCUCACACACACACACACACACACACUGAAUUACAAAUCCAUACAUAACACAUUGUGACAGAGCUACACUGAACAAGCUACACACCAAUCCAGUCCUUGCCUCUCCUCUCCUACUCCACUCCAGGGAGCAGAUGUUUGGGGACAGCUUACAGCCUCAGCGAAUUUCUGUGUACAGAGCAAACAGCAGCACUCAGCACUUCUGGCUGCAAAGAGAAAUGUGCUCUUGAAAAGGGGGGGGUGGGGGGCUUUAAGUCAUUGUAAGGUAUUAUGAGGAUGGUAGGGAGAAUAGAGUGAGAAGGGGUGCAUGUAGAGGUGAAACUGUGUCAAGGUUGCUAGUGUGUUGCAUAGGAUAAUUCCCUGUUUCCGACUGGUGCUGUGUCGUAGCAGUGUGUGAGAGCAUUAUGUUCAGUGUACACACAGUAUCUCCCAGUGGCAUCCUGCCGCAUCAGUAAAAUCAACCAAGGUGGCCCUACUACAUAUCUGAUUGUGUGGAGUCUCUGACCUCUUCCAUGAAGCCCUGUUUGCUCACUAGUUUGAAUUGUCCUUUCAAAAGUUGCAGACAAGCAAAAAGUGAAGGGAAACAAUGGGGAAGCAUUGGAAUGAGCCUUAACAGAGUUUGCUGAUACUGCAUCUGAGACAUCAGCCAUAACCUAGAACCAGUGAUGCUAAUGAUGCCAUUAAUAUGAUCCACUGAUUUAAUGGCACCAGUCUUGUGGUGGCAUGCUGCAUGUACUCCCUUCAGUCUACAUUUUAGCAUU